GCAAAGUCAUCCUGUUCAGCCGAGAUACCAAGGGUGGGGAAUGGACACCCGGAUCGGAGCUGUUGGGAGAGCAGAACGGCUCGUAUUUUGGGAGUAUACUGUCCACUGUGGACCUCGACAGAGAUGGGAACAUGGACCUGGUUCUAAUCGGAGCCCCUUUGUACCAUACACCCCUGAAUGGAGGACGCGUCUAUAUCUGCCCGAUUAACUUGCCGGGGACGACGAUGAUCUGCACCAAGACACUACAUGGGCAGACGGGGGAAGUGUCUGGGCACUUCGGGGCCAGCAUGUCUGAAAUCGGGGACAUCAGCGGGGACGGACAGACGGACGUGGCCAUCGGGGCUCCCAUGGAGAAUGACAAUCAUGGGGCCUUGUAUAUCUUCCAUGGGGAAAAGGGAGGCCUCAGUCCGCAGUACAGACAGCGCAUAGUGGGGUCACAGUUUCCCAGCAGGCUGCACUACUUUGGCCAGGUUGUCAGCGGCGGGACAGAUCUGACGGGGGAUGGACUGCCGGACAUCGCGGUGGGGGCACAAGGGCAGGUCCUGCUGCUGAGAUCCCGGCCGGUGCUCAGAGUCACGGUGUCUAUCAGCUUCCAUCCCCCAACCACCCCCACCUCGGCCUUCGACUGCCAGGGGCAGGAGCAGCUCAGCACAGAGGCCAGCAGAGCAGAGGUCUGCUUCACCGUCACUAAGAGCACCAUGGACAGCCUAGGUGACGGGAUCUACAGCAUCAUCCAGUACAGCCUGGCCCUGGACCCCGGGCGGACGAAGAUCCAAGUCACCUUCGACUCCACCAGCCCCGUCCUGAGCAGGGAGCUGCGGCUCAGCAUUGAGAAGAAAUGUGAGACGUACGGGAUAAUGUUACCUCUCUGUCCUGAAGACAUUCUGGCCCCCAUCACCCUACGCUUCAACUACACCCUGACGGGGGAGCCCAUCGCUACCGCCGGUGGCCUCAGACCCAUCCUGAGCAAGGACUCUGGCUUGGCGUCUGCAGGCUCGCUCCCGUUUCAGAAGGACUGCGGCACCGAUGGCCGCUGCGAUGACCAGUUAGCAGUCUCCUUCAAUUUCUCUGGCUUGAGCACCCUGGUGGUGGGGGUCACCCCCGAACUCAACAUCACCGUCUCCAUCCAGAACCACGGGGAGAAUUCCUACAACACCAGGGUGCAGUUCUUCUACCCGGCCGCGCUGUCCUACCGCCGGGUCCUGCUGCUCCAGUCUAACAGGAUGGCCAUGACCAUUAAGUGCAGCUCAGUGGAGGGCUUGGAGGAGCAAUCUCAAAGGAACAGCAUCUGCCACAUCAACCACCCCAUCUUCUGGAGCGGGGCCGAGGUCAUCUUUGUGGCCACUUUUGAUGUCUCCUCUGAGGCCGACCUGGGGGACAGGCUGCAGAUCACGGCAAACGCCAGCAGUGACAAUGGCGGCCCCAUCACCGAGAGCAUAACUCAACAGGAGAAGCUGCUGGUCAAGUACGGCAUCUUGAUCAUCCUCACCAGCCUGAAGGAGUCGACCAAGUACGUCAGCUUCUCCGCCAAGGAGGCAGGGACAAGCGUGCCAGUGACACAUGCGUACAAGGUCAAGAACCUGCAGCACCGAAGCGUCCCCAUCUCAGUCACGUUCCAGUUCCCCGUGGAGCUGGGAGGGAUCCGGGUGUGGGACGCCUCUGAGGUCGUCCCCUCCAAGCCCGAGCUGGUUCAGUGCAACAGUGAGGUGGAAACACCCGGUUCGAAGGACUUUGUGAAGCAGAUGAGCGAUCGCCCCCUGCUGAACUGCUCCGUGGCCACCUGUAAGAAGAUCCGGUGCAGAAUCGCCUCCCUGGAAAUGCAGCAACCGCUGGAGUUUAUGAUCAAAGGGAACGUCAGCUUACAGUGGGUCUCCCAGAUUCAGCAGCAGAAAGUGAGUCUGGUGAGCGAGGCCCGGAUUGAAUACGAGGAGGAGAAAUACACCCAGAAGGAGGGAUUCGUCCAGCGCCAGGUGCAGACGGUGGUGGAGCUCUCCGAGGCCUAUAACUACCUGCCCAUCAUUAUGGGCAGCGGCAUGGGGGGCCUGGUCCUGCUGGCUCUCAUCACUGCAGCCCUCUACAAGCCUUGCUCAUGCAGAAGUUGGCAACCAAAUGAGGUCUCAAGAAAGGAAUGUCCUUGCCUGAGUUUGUCUUUAGGCCGUAAACGGUCAUCAAGAAGGAAGGAAAACAAAGGAAGCUCAAUCGUGUGAAGAAAAGCCAGCUGUGAACAUCCUUCCACAUAAACUCUGUGUGUCCUAGUGCCCAGCUGGAAAUGUUUUUCAAGAGUGAGACUGAAACUAUAAAAAGGAGGGUCAACCCCUCCUUCCCUGCCCAUGGCAUUCACUGCACCUGAAGAGAGACAGGAAGUAUUCACUGGAUGCCGAGGAAGAGGGCCUGACGUACACAGUUUGAUCUGGAAGGCAGCCGAAAGCAGGUGGUGAGAAACUUUGCUUGAAUAAGAUAUAGUUUAAAUUAGGUACUAGUCCAUGUUUCAUCUUUGUAACCAUUUCUGACUUUUAUUCCUCAUGAGUUGGAUUCACUUCAAAUCUCUCUCUUUGUAAUUAAUAAACUUGUUUUAUUCUUUUA